UUAAUUAGCAAGAAAAAAAAAAAAGAACAGGAUAUAGAUGAAACACAUAUUGAUAUUGUAAUAGCAGCUGAGCAAGCUUUGUUAGAAUAUUAUUCUAAAUUACCAAAUCAAAAUAAAAUAAAUGUUGAUGUUCCU